GGAAAAAAGAAAAACACGCACAAAUAAAAAAUUGAAAUUUUUCUCCUUUUUUUUUGUGUGUGUGUAUAUAUAUAAUUGUGAGGAGGAGAGAGAAUAGGUUAUUGUUUGAUCUGAUAAUCACCAAGGGGGAGCCGCAGAAACAGAGAGAAAAGGAAUGGGGAGUGACAGCAAAACCAACGGUGGAAGUGCGGCGGAGGGGCGCAGAUUCCGGGGACUGCGAAGAGGAUAGUGCAGAGCUUGAGGGAGAUGGUGAACAAGAACUGUACGGACGCUGAGAUCUACGCCGUCUUUAAAGACUGUGCUAUGGACCCUAACGAGGCCGCUCAGCGGUUACUAUCUCAAGAUACUUUUCAUGAAGUAAAGAGCAAGCGUGAAAGAAGGAAAGAGAUGAAAGAGACACAAGAAUCAAAAGCUCGCAGUAAUGGCACUUCCAAUUGGGGAGGUCGAGUUGGGAGUGAACAUGGUGUUGUGAGAAGUGGAUCAACGAAUAGCAGCAGCACUAUUGAGCUCGGUAAAGCUCCUUAUCGAAAAGAGAAUGAGUCUCUUGCUUCUUCACUCCAUUCAUAUACUUCUAUGUCUCAUGCAUCAAUGAAAACUUUGAACGACCAAGCUUCAUCAUACAGUGAUUCUUUAAAUGCUGAUAAUGGUAGACAAUCAGUAGGAACAGGUGAUUAUAUCUCAUCAUCGGUGCCACCAUCUCCAAGACUUCAACCUACUUUGUUGGCAGCCAACUCAGGGCAUGUUUCCAUGGCUGACAUUGUGAGGAUGGGUAGGCCUUACAAUAAAGGUUCUCAAAUAUCAACUGAUUCAUCUCAGGAUACAGUUGCCAUAAACUCAUCUCAGUACCAUGCAAAACCUGCCCAUGCCCCAACACCUCCUCGAUCAGAGAUGCAUGAGGAUAUGCAUUCUACACAUCAGUCUGGUGUUCCAGAGGUUAUUUUGGACGAACAUGAUUUUGAUAAUGAAUGGCCGAUGAUUGAGCAAGUAACAGUUGCUACUCCAACACCUGCCUUUGAUGCAUCUGCCACAGUCUCAGAUGCCAAGUACUAUAAUGAGUCUCUAGUACAUGGCGAUAUAGCUAACUUUCCGGAUAACUCCCGAUUAGAUGAAGCUGUAGCAUCAAAGAGGACUUUUUCAGGUGAAAAUGUUGAUAACGAUUUUACUUUGGCUGCUUCAGCCACUAGCAGACACUUACUGGUCACUGGAACUGAGGGAGCAUUUAAUGGUGAUGGAAAGUUGCUUAACGAUAAGAAUUCCAGUGAUUCUCAUGGGUCCAUGCAUGAAAAUCAAGAAGGUGAUUCUGCAUCUCUUACUGAUGAUGCCAGUGUAGCUGUAUCGUCAGCUACUGUGAGUUUGCAGCAACUAAGCAUAGAGAAGAAUGAGCCGGUGGUUCCCCCUGCAGAAGAUAACUGUGCGGUGGUGCUUCCAAAUUAUCUACAAGCCUUGGCUGCUGACUGUUCACAUCUCAGUUUCGGUACCUAUAGGUCUGGCAAUGCUUCUGCUCCUUAUAAGGCACCUGGAUGUUAUACCGUGAUAAACGACUUGGAGGAGACCUCUGCAGGGAGAGAUAAGCCACCUGCUGCACAUUUAGACAGCAGAAAUUCAGGGUGUCAUGGUGAUAGUGAUGUUGGAGACAUGUAUGAUCAUCAUAUAAAAGCUGCAGAUACUAGGAACUGUGAUUUGCCUGUAGCUGUACUUAAAGAGCUUCUGACCCAGAAUAUUCCUGAAGCAACUACAAGUCAAGAGCAAAUCCCAUCAUCAUCAUCAGCAGAUUCUAGUUUGAGGAAUAUCCAACAAUCAAGUCAACCAUCGACUUUCUUGAUAGACUCACAUGCUAGAAAUAUUUCCUACCUUCCAAAUGAAGUGCGGCCAUACUCAAAUUCUAUUCCAUUUGAUUUGCUGGCAACAACUGUUCAAUCUUUGCGACCAAGAGAUUCUACAUCCUUUCUAAGUGCACAGCCAAUGCCUGCAAGAUAUGGCAGUACAAUGAAUAACCAGCCCAUGUCUGUUUCAGAGGUAGGAUCCUAGUUACUGAUCUAUGCUA